AUGUACGGCGCCGAUGUGCUGAUAUUCGAGGGCAUUCUUGCCUUCCACAGUCAAAAACUGACUGAUUUAAUGGAUAUGAAAGUAUUUGUGGAUACCGAUCCGGACACGCGAUUAGCGCGGAGGCUGGAAAGAGAUAUCGAAGAUCGCGGGAGAGAUCUCGAAGGUGUCUUAGCUCAGUACCUCCGAUUUGUGAAACCGGCUUUUGACACAUUUAUAGCUCCAGGUAUGAAAAUCGCUGAUAUUAUUGUGCCACGAGGCGGCGAGAAUGAAGUUGCCAUCGAUCUUAUUGUGAAACAGGUGAAGACGCAACUCGCUGAGCGAGGUUAUGAUGCAUCAAAAAACCUUUAUCUGCAACGGGCUGAUAUGGUACAAAAAGACUUGCCUCUACAGUUACCGCGAACGCUAACAAUUUUGCCGCAAACACCUCAGGUUCGAGGCUUGCACACAUUCAUGAGAAAUCGAAAAACGACAAGAGAUGAAUUCAUAUUUUAUUCUGAUCGACUCAUGCGAAUACUAAUAGAAAAUGCAAUGAAUUCCAUGCCGUUCAAAGAUACUGCAGUUACAAAGCCAACUGGAGAAAGUUUUGUUGGUAAAGCAAAAACUUCACAAAUAUGUGGUGUUGCAAUUAUGCGAGCGGGCGAAACGAUGGAGCACGCACUGAGAGCUGUUGUGAAAGACUGCAAAAUGGGCAAAAUUUUGAUACAGACCAAUGAAAAAACAAUGGAACCUGAAUUAUUCUAUUUGCGCCUUCCAAAGAACAUUCACCAAUACAAAGUUUUAUUGAUGGAUGCAACUGUUGCCACAGGUGCAGCUGCAAUGAUGGCAAUUCGUGUUUUGCUCGAUCAUGACGUUUUGGAAGAAAAUAUUUUGUUACUGUCAUUGCUUAUGGCAGAGACUGGUGCACAUUCGCUCGCAUAUGCCUUCCCGAAGGUAACUCUGUUGACAACCGCAGUUGACUCACAUAUCAGUGAACUUUUUUAUGUCAUUCCUGGGAUGGGCAAUUUUGGCGAUCGCUAUUAUGGUACGGAAAAUGCAGCGACGUAUGAAGAGUUUUCCGAUGAAAAAUGA